CAACUCUAAACCCCAAAAUACCACAAAUGAGACCUUUUGGCAUGAUCUUUACUGUCAUGUUCUUGGUCUCAGCCUUUUCAGAAUCAAGAACCGUCGAUUGCAGAGUUCUCCUCGGUGGCUCAUCGGAGGAAAUAGGUCCAUCAAAGAAUCAUGGAGUCAACUUCCGACGUAAGGAAUUGUUGGGGGUCGUGAUGCGUGGUUACAAAAGGUUACGGUCACUCUCUUCAGCAGGAGAGAGGAUGCACACAAUGGCUUCAGGACCGAGCAGGAAAGGUUCUGGUCACUAAAAGACUAUUGUUCCACACUUACAUCUAUACAUCAAUAUUUGUCUAGAUUAGGUUAUAGUAAAGAAUUUUCAUUUGUUAUAGAUUAUUGUAUUUAUUCAGCCGUGCAAAAAUCAAUGUAAAGUUAGAAGGGAUAAAUUUUUUGAUCAUACAAUAGUCGG